CGAGCAGCAGGAGAGGAGCGCGCGAGCAGAGCGACGGGGCUCGUGAGGCGAAGCUGUGGAGAUUCCUGCCAGUGGAUGAUUUAAAGAGCGCCCCAGAGCACUAGGUGAGGAUGAGGAUGAGGAUGAGGAUGCAGGCGCGCGGCAGCAGCAUGCUCUUCCUCCUGGCACUGACGUCACUGCUCACCGGACCCACCCAGGGCCAAGUGCCUGCUCCUAGAAGAUUACGUUUUAAGGAGCUAGGCUCAGGCAUGCUCACUGUGUCCUGGAAGGAGCCGAAAGGAGAGUUUGACAGCUACAGGCUCACCUACAGCUCAGGACGUCAAGAGAGAGAGGUCCAGGUGACCAAAGAAGAGGCCAAAUUUGUGAUUUCAGACUUUGACUACAGUAAAGAGUACACCUUCAAAAUCAUCGCCCUCAACGGCGGCCAGCAGAGCAAACCAUUACUGGGCAGCUAUAAAGCGUCAAGGUCAGAGGUCACUGACAGCAGCCUGCAGACACACAGAGAGAGGCAGAACAGCGAGCCUGAGCAGGACAAUGAGAUCAGCGAAGUAGACGUGUUCGUGUGUAAGACUCCAGCGAUAGCUGAUAUUGUGAUUUUGGUGGAUGGCUCUUGGAGUAUUGGCCGCAUUAAUUUCCGGCUGGUGCGCAUGUUCCUGGAGAGCCUAGUGAACGCUUUCUCUGUCAGCUCUGACCAGACACGCAUCGGAUUGGCCCAGUACAGUGGAGACCCCAGGAUUGAGUGGCACCUGAACACACACUCCACCAAAGAUGCUGUUAUCAACGCUGUGAAGAACCUGCCCUAUAAAGGAGGAAACACUCUAACAGGUCUUGCCUUGAUGUUCAUUUUGGAGAACAGCUUUAAGCCUGAGUCCGGAUCCAGAACAGGCGUUCCAAAAAUCGGGAUAUUAAUCACAGAUGGGAAAUCUCAGGAUGAUGUCCAGGGCCCUGCACGGAGCCUGAGGGAGGCGGGGAUAGAGCUGUUUGCUAUUGGUGUGAAGAACGCUGAUGAAAAUGAGCUGAAGGCAAUCGCGUCCCCUCCAUCAGAGACCCAUGUGUAUAACGUGGCUGACUUUAGUGUGAUGAGCUCAAUUGUGGAGGGGCUGACCCGGACUGUGUGUGGGCGUGUGGAGCAGCUUAACAAGGAGAUCCACGGUCAAGGAGGCCCGUCUACAACUCCUGCCGCACCUCGUGACCUUGUGACCUCUGAGGUCACGGCCAGGAGUUUUCGAGUGUCCUGGACUCACGCUCCCGGCACUGUGGAGAAGUACAGAGUGGUGUACUACGCCUCCAGAGGAGCCCAGCCAGAGGAGGUUGUAGUGAAUGGUGAUCAGAAUUCAGUCGUGCUGCAGCACCUCAACUCUCUGACUGAAUAUCAGGUGGCUGUGUUUGCUGUCUACAGUAACUCUGCCAGUGAAGCGCUGAGAGGCAGCAUGACCACCCUGGCCUUGCCCAUGGUGAAUAAUCUGGAGUUGUAUGACAUCACACACAGCAGCAUGCGUGUGCGGUGGAGAGCUGCAGAAGGGGCUUCAGGGUACAUGAUCCUGUACGCCCCACUGACUGAGGGAGACGCAGCAGAUGAGAAGGAGGUAAAAGUAGCAGACACUGUGACUGAGAUUGAGCUGGAGGAUCUGACUCCCGCAACUGAGUACACAGUCACUGUCUAUGCCAUGUAUGGAGACGAAGCCAGUGACCCCAGGACCGGCCAGGAGACAACCCUUCCUCUAACUCCUGCCCGUAUUUUGCGGAUCAGCGAUGUGUCUCACAGCUCUGCAAAGCUCACCUGGGAGGCAGCGUCUCGUAAAGUGAACGGCUACCGCAUCAUGUAUGUGAAGACGGAUGGUGUUCAGACCAACGAGAUUGAAGUAGGCCGCAUCACCACACUGUUGCUAAGCAACCUCACCUCUUUGACGGAGUACACAGUGGCCAUCUUUGCCAUCUAUGAUGAGGGACAGGCUGAACCUGUUACUGACAGCUUCACAACUAACUCGGUUCCAUCGCCGCUGAGUUUCAGGAGCAGCGAUGUCGGCACAGACCGUUUCAGAGUGAGCUGGCAACACGCAGCGUCUGAUGUCACUCUCUACCAACUCACCUGGACGCCUGCGAGUGGAGGAGAGACCAGAGAGUCUGUGAUUAGUGGUAAUUCAAACUCUUAUGUGAUUACUGGUCUGACGCCCCUGACGGAAUACGAGGUUGCAUUGACGGCCGUCUACAGAGAUGAGAGAGAGAGCGAUGCACUUCAGCUCAGCCAGACCACAGCUGCUAGAACAACAACUGUGGCAACCACAACUACCACCACAACUACAGCAGUCAUUCGUGUGGGCGUGAGGGGUCUGCAGCUGAGUGAUUUCACUACGUUUAGCAUGGGUGUGUCGUGGGAGCUGCUGGGCUCCAACGUGCGUCAGUACAGAGUCUCCUACAUCACGGCUCGUGGAGAUCGGGCUGAACAGGUGACGAUGGUUCCUGGCAAUCAGAAUUCAGUUGUGCUGCAGCCUUUGCUGUCAGAUACGGACUACAGAGUGGGUGUAACGGCCGUUUACGCAGACGGAGACGGGCCGACUGUCACGCGCUCUGCUCGCACCUUGCCUCUCUCUGCUCCUAAGAAUCUGAGGGUAUCAGAGGAAUGGUACAAUCGCUUCCGCAUCACCUGGGACACGCCCCCUUCUCCCACCAUGGGCUACAGGAUCGUCUACCAGCCUGUCUCAGCACCAGGUCGAGCCCUGGAGACAUUUGUUGGAGACGACGUGAACACCAUUCUAAUCCUAAACCUGUUGAGCGGGACAGAAUACAGUGUAAAGGUCAUCGCCACGUACACCACCGGCUCCAGCGAGGCGCUCACCGGCAGAGCCAGGACACUUUACCUGGGCGUGACUAAUCUGAACACCUAUCAGGUGCGAAUGAAUAGUAUGUGUGCUCAGUGGCAGCCUCAUCGCCAUGCCAACCAGUACCGUGUGGUCAUCGAGUCAUUACUCAAUGGUCAGAAGCAGGAGGUGCAGUUGGAUGGCUCCGCUUCGAGGCACUGCUUUAAUGACCUGAGUCCAAACACACAGUACAAGAUCACUGUCUACGCUCAGCUGCAGGACACAGAGGGGCCAGCCGUGACCACCAUCCAGAAAACAUUUCCUGUACCCACCACUCCUCCCACCAGGCCCCCAACCACCACCCCUCUACCCACCAUUCCUGUAGCUAAAGAAGUAUGCAGAGCAGCGAAGGCUGAUCUGGUGUUUUUGGUGGACGGAUCUUGGAGUAUCGGUGAUGAUAACUUUGUGAAAAUCAUUCGCUUCUUGUACAGCACGGCUGGAGCGCUGGAUGAAAUCGGGCGUGGAGGCACACAGGUGGCCAUAGCCCAGUUCAGUGAUGACGCCCGCACUGAGUUCAAACUGAACUCCUAUGAUAACAAGGAGAGUCUGCUGGAUGCCAUUCAGAGGAUUUCAUACAAAGGAGGAAACACUAAAACAGGACGAGCCAUGCAGCAUGUGAAGGACAGUAUCUUCACGGUGGCCGGAGGAAGCAGGCGAGGCGUGCCGAAAGUGCUGGUGGUCCUGACAGACGGCCGUUCCCAAGACGAUGUCAACAAGAUCUCCCAGGAGAUCCAGAUGGAGGGUUACAUCGUGUUUGCGAUCGGUUUUGCUGACGCUGAUUACGGGGAGUUGGUGAGCAUCGCCAGCAAACCCAGCGAAAGGCAUGUGUUCUUUGUGGACGACCUGGAUGCCUUUAAAAAGAUCGAAGAGAAGCUCAUCACUUUCGUGUGCGAAGCUGCUACAGCAACUUGUCCAUCUGUACCGAUGAGCGGCAGCACGCUGCCAGGCUUUAGGAUGAUGGAGAUGUUUGGUCUGGUGGAGCACCUGUACAGUAAUCUGGAGGGCAUUUCAAUGGAGCCAGGAACCUUCAACAGCUUCAACAGCUACAGACUAGCCAGUGAUGCCCUACUUGCACAACCUACCAGGUAUAUCCACCCUGAGGGUCUGCCAUCUGACUACACCAUCACCAUGUUGUUCCGCCUGCUGCCCGAAACCCCACAGGAGCCCUUUGCGUUGUGGGAGAUUCUCAACAGCAGAAAUGAACCCUUAGUGGGAGUCAUUCUGGACAAUGCAGGAAAGACACUGACGUUCUUCAAUAAUGACUAUAAAGGUGAUUUUCAGACAGUAACAUUCGAGGGCCCUGAGAUUAAGAAACUUUUCUAUGGCAGCUUCCACAAGCUGCAUAUAGCGGUAAGUAAGACGCUGGCACAGGUGAUGGUGGAUUGUAAUCUGGCUGGAGAAAAGCCCAUAAAUGCCGCUGGCAACAUCACCACUGAUGGACUGGAGGUCUUGGGCAGGAUGGUCCGCUCCAGAGGGGCCAAGGACAACUCCGCACCGUUUCAGCUGCAGUCAUUUGAUAUUGUGUGUAGUACAUCGUGGGCUCGGCGAGACAAGUGCUGCGAUCUUCCCAGUCUGAGAAAGGAGGCAGACUGCCCCGCUCUGCCUCGGGCCUGCACCUGCACUCAGGACAGCAAAGGCCCUCCUGGUCCCCCAGGACCACAGGGAGGUGCUGGUAUCAGAGGGGCAAAAGGAGAUCGUGGCGAGCCUGGGCCUGUGGGGCCAGUUGGUCCAAUGGGAGAUGCUGGAAUACCAGGACCUCAGGGCCCUCCUGGCCCCCAGGGGCCCAGCGGACGAUCUAUCAGAGGCCCACCGGGUGGCCCAGGUGAGAGAGGGGAGAAAGGUGAAGCAGGAGCUCGAGGGCCUCAGGGAGUUCCAGGAACACCGGGGUCUCCAGGACGGGAGGGCCCUCCAGGACCCAGGGGUUUGCUGGGCAAAGACGGACCCCAGGGCAGAGUGGGUCCCCCAGGAAGUAUUGGAGGUCCAGGGGCUCCUGGAGCACCAGGCCAGAAUGGCCCUCCUGGACCCAUCGGAGAGCAGGGACCUCCGGGCCCUGCAGGCUCCAAAGGGGAGAAAGGAGAACGGGGGGAUAUACAGUCUACUUCCUCGGUCCAAGCCAUCGCCAGACAAGUCUGUGAACAGCUCAUACAGAGUCACAUGGCCCGCUAUAACUCCAUCCUGAAUCAUGUUCCGAGUCAGCCGGUGUCGAUCCGCACAGUCGCUGGGCCUCCUGGAGAGCCAGGCCGUCAAGGUCCUCCGGGACAGCAGGGAGAACAGGGUCCUCCUGGCCGGCCAGGAUUUCCUGGAACUAACGGAGAGAACGGUCAACCUGGAUCCAGAGGUUCUCCAGGUGAAAAAGGAGAGAAGGGAAGCCCAGGUGUGGGUGUCCAGGGCCCCAGAGGACCUCAGGGACCUCCAGGGCCACCUGGUGAGGGAAGGGCUGGUGGUCCAGGCCCCGCUGGUCGCCCUGGUAACUCCGGAACUCCAGGCAGGCCGGGCAUGCCUGGGCCAGUAGGACCCGCCGGACCUCCGGGCUACUGCGAUCCAAAUGCUUGCGGAUACAACGUUGGAGUUGACGACCAGAUACAGUUUGUGAAUGAGUACUGAGCUGCAGGCUCCAUUCACACACUCUGUGUAGUUUGUUGAUGCAGAUGCCUGGAGUCUUUUCUUAACACACUCACAUGCACCCACCUACUCACACACACACAGCCUUUGAAGCGCUUGCUCUGCCUUGGACGCAAACACAGGCUCACUUGUACACCCUUGGGUCAUAAUAGUGAAAAGUGCUUUAUUUGCAUUGUUGCUUACUAGCUACAUGUAGCUAAUGUAAUGAUGGGGGGCAUGCAGUACUGUACAAAAGUGAGAGACCACCCUUUAUUUAUUUAAUCACCAGUCAAAGUGUCCAUUGUGUACAAGUUAUUCAUUUUUAGGAGGUAUUUCUGGGGCGGCACAGUGGCACAGUGGGUUGUGCUGGGUUCGAUUCCCCGACCGGGCAACCUGGGUCCAUUCUGUGUGGAGUUUGCCAGUUCUCCCCAUGACUUCCUUCCACAGUCCAGGUGUGAAUGUGUGUGAUUGUAUGUGUCUGUGUGUCUAUGCUGUGGUGGACUGGCGACCUGUCCAGGGCGUUUCCUGCCUUCCACCCGAUGGCCGCUAGGAUAGACUGCACCUCCACGACAGAAGGUUAAGCGGCAUAGAAGCUCUUACUGAGAAAGGAAAAUAGACUAAAAAGGAUAAAUUGAACAAAGAAGCUGCUGGUGUUCUCAGAACAAUGGACUGGCCACCCCAGAGUCAACAUCACUGAGUGCGUUUGGUAUCUCUUGGAUGGUAAGAAGCAGAAAAUGCAACCAACUUCUAAGACUGAACUUUGGAGGUGUGGAAAAAAUAUCCCUUCAGAUUUCUUUGAAAAACUGAAAGUGAGCCUCCUGGAAACUGUAGUAAAAGCAAAGGGUGGACACACUGAAUACUGAAAAAUAUGAUGUUGUAUUGGUAGUUUAUAAAUAUGUGAUAUAUUGAUAGUAUAUAUCAAAUCUGGAGUUAUAUUGACACAGGUGAUGAGCCAUUAAAUACAAAAUAGCUUGUUUUUAAGCUUUCUGAUGGCUGUUUGGGUAUAAAUGAAACAAAUGAAGGGUGGUCUCUCACUUAUGCACAGCAUUGUGUGCGCUGGUGUUCAUAAUUGAGCUGUUCUGGCUUACACACUUUCACACACUCGCACACACAUCACUCACACACUCUAACUCUACUUCCUGCUUGCUGCUGCGGGUGCAAUGAUGUCAUCAGUGACUAUGUGCUUAUGUCCUGUCCUUCCACUAUGUGCUGUGUGUUUGUGUGUGUGUGUGUGUGCGUGCGCAUCCGUGCUCGUCCGUGCCGCUUGGUGGUGGUCAGAGAGGGAAAUUGACCCUGAAGUGACUGACAGCGAUAUUCCCGUAGUCCAACUGCCGCCAAACUCGUACCCACCUUACAACCCAGAGGAAGAAGGUGAGGAGGACCCUUACGGCAGUUACGGGACGUACCCCUCCUACUACCAGCCCAACUACCCCCAGCCCCGCCCCGUUGAGCCAGACGACCCGGUCAUAGCAGAGGAGAUGGAGGAGCUGCGGUCGCCAGGGAUACAGCGGCGAACUCGCAGCGUAGCAGAACGGAGGAGGGUCAAAAAGGAGACUCAGGAAUGACCCCUAUUAUCUAACAACCUCCUGUUAACACCUGUUAACCCUUAAAGGGGGAUUCCACCAAUUUUUUUGAAAAAGUCCUGCAUAAUUUUUUCACUGAGAUGAAAAGAAAGUCAGAGUGAUUUGAUGUGGAAUGAUUCACAGACAAACUCUUUACAGUGGUGGUGAUAGGAACCAGAGGUCUCAGUGUCUACAGCACAAAU